AUGGAACAUUUGUUCCUAGAUGUUAGUCUAGAUGUUGGGCAGGAGAAAAUACUGGGCGCCCUUAAAGAUUUGCCACUCAAAGAGACUGACCCACAAUCCAAGCUGACCCUUGUACCACCUGUAAAGCCUUUUACAAGAUGGUUCGGAUACGACCACGACGCCGGCGCGCCCUUGAACAACGGAGAACCCCACAAACCACAGCCUUUCUGGGGCUACGCCAAAAAACGCGGCUGGGACCUGGCCCCAAUCUUCGACAAAGCAGGAGGACAUCUAGCUCGUUCGCAUCCGAGCCUGCAAGUACCGGGCAUGACCUGCCAACUCAUGAGCCAGAGGGUGGCAGCGUUCCUCCAGAGUUGGCUCUACUUUGGCUUCAUCGAAUCCUUCGUCUGGAUACCGAUCCACACUUCGUAUCUUCUACGCCGCGAUCCCGCGACGGGGUAUCAGUACAUCCAUACCGGAAACCUUAACUUCAUUCUCAUGAUAUUCAAGGCCUUGGCGGAAUCCAAGGAUGAUUUGGAACGGAAAAAAAAACUAACGAGAGCAUCGGAGGACGCACUUAACCAAGUUGGGGAAGCAAUUGAAUUGGUUAUGGAAUUUGCCCGCACUGUUUCACUGUUCCCCAACUCACCCUUUUCGGAACUUGUUGGAGCAAUUGCCCACUUCCUGCCAUCAGUGAUUCGGCUUCGUGAUGCUCUCCUCCACGCCCGAGCCGACGCUUUUUUGGAUGAAUUUCACGACCGUUACUUGCAGUGCAGCCGAUACCCGCCUUAUGAGGAAGCUCGCCGGAAGCGCUUGCUUCGGAGGGGAUGGUGUCCUUUCUUGCUCACGCAGUACCAACAGACAGCGCAGUCCAUAUUAGAUUGGCUUCUUGAAUGCGUCAGGAACAAUAUUGACAAGUCGACAUACAAGAUUGAACAUCGUUCUCAGUACUGCGCGUGUCCAUUUGUCAAACCCAAUCUUGACGCCGUGCUGGACACCAUCGACAACGGCAAGAUCCCAGUGAUGAGGGUUACUCGUGCAGGGGACGAGGUAAAGUUGGACGUUGCGGCACAUGACCCGCACAGCCCAGAAACAGUACGCUUCGUGGCGAUAUCACACGUGUGGGUCGACGGUCUGGGUAGCACUUCCGAGAACGGUCUACCUUCUUGCCAAGUUAUUCGGCUUUCCGAGUCUGUCGCAAGUCUCACGGAAGGCGGCGACACUAUACUCUGGAUGGACUCACUGUGCAUCCCAGCCGCGGAAAGCCAACGAAAGAAAGCCAUCGGUACCAUGAGAAAGGUUUAUCAAAACGCGGCGGCCGUGCUGGUCAUGGACAAGACUAUCGCCAAGACUCCGAAGAACGCAAAGCUGGUAGAUAGGUACUGGGCGAUCUUGUCGUCCUCCUGGGCCCAGCGUCUGUGGACAUUCCAGGAAGGCUAUCUGGCAGCUAAGAUCUUCAUGCAGGCGGCAGAAGGGCAAUUGAUCGAGAUUCGCUCGGCACUUGGUGAAGCAAAGGAAAUAGAGACGCGUUUUACUAACACAGUGGUUUUAUGGUCCUUUACAAACGAUAUGAUGGUUAUCCGAUCCACAGGUUCGAAAACCGGAGUUAGCUUCGGUGAACCCGCGAGUGCGCUCAGUUGGCGCUCGACAAGCAGGGCGACGGACGAAACCAUCGCCAUUGCCGCCCUCUUCGACCUCGACUCCGACAGGUUGAUCUCCAUCGAAGGCGCCGAGGCCCGCAUGCGCGCAUUCUUCCUCAUGAUCCGUCGUAUACGGCCCCAUGUCAUCUUCCAUGGUGGCCCGCGGCUCUCAGCCCCCGGCUUUCGAUGGGCGCCAGCUACCCUCCUGACGCGGACAGCGAUGUUUGGGGAGACCAAUGGGGAAUCCGAUGCUUUAUGCACCGAGGACGGCCUUCUCGGGCGGUACUUCGUGCUCUGCCUAAGUGGGGACCCGCGGCCACUGGUUCCACGCCUCACCGCUAUGUGUCAUACCGAUGACGGCGAGAGGGUAGAGAUCUGGGGCUGGGAUGACACGAAUACCACGCCUGUCGUGCAGUCAUUCAACGCCGUCAUCUUCCGGGCUAUGCAGUCGGAAUACAAAAAUCCGAACCAGCUACCACGAGGGAGGAAUUGGUUGGGGGAAGGUGUCGCUGUGCUACUCAGAGACAAGGUACCAGGCGAGGACCAUCGGACUUGUAACUUCAUUGGCAACGUUUACUUGGGUUCAUCCACGACGCAAAGGCCUGCAUGGCAAGGGGGGGUCGCCUACUUGAAGUCCAUGUGGAUGGAUUUAUGUAUAAAGUAG